AUGGCAAAAGCAACUACAUCUGGAACAAACAUUGAACGGUUUGUUGAUGUUUGCAAUGAACCACGGAAAAAGUUGCUUCCAAUCGAAGGCUAUGAGAAAAAGUGUUUACUGACAUUAGAAGAAGCAGUGAAACCUAUUUCGCAUUUGGUUGACGAUUUAUCCUCUAUAGUUUGGAUUGCUAAAGAAAACUGUGAGGCUCCAGCUGAUAAUUUAUCGCAAGAUGAAUCAGCGGCUAUCCAUUUAUAUACCAUUGAAUGGAGUCCAGACAACCGAAGCUUUUAUAGUGUUUUUAAUCAAACAUUACGGGAAGAAGAUCGUCAUAAAUUAAUUCCAUGGUUCAGUUAUUUGAAAUUAUUUCUUACUGCUCUGCACAAGUUACCAUCGGAAAAACGUGUUGUUUGGCAUGGUGUAAAGAGUGAUUUAAGUCAACAGUAUAAGAAAGGUACUAAACACGUAUGGUGGGGAGUGAGCUCGUGCACUGAAACACUUGCUGUCACAGAUAGUUUUCUCGGAAAAAAUGGUACUCGAACAUUAUUUUCAAUUGAAUGCUAUGACGGAAAAGUAAUUAAUGAACAUUCAUAUUAUCAGUCAGAAAACGAAAUAUUGCUUAUGCCAGCUACCUAUCUUGAGGUUGUCGAUCAAUCGAAUCCCGCUGAUGGAUUAUACAUUGUCCAUUUAAAACAAAAAUCUCCUCCUUGUAUCUUACUUGCGUCACCAGUAUUUGCCGAAGAAGGGAGCAGUACGAAGUGGAAAGAGGCCUGGAAAUUACCGAGACAAAUUGAUGACGGAAUUGAAAAGUCUGCGAUUGGUGUAGUGCCAAUGGAAAACGUAAACGUGGAAUAUAAAAUAAAGCCAUCACAAGGUAAAAGCUUCUCUUUUACAUGACACAUGUUUUAUUUAAGAGACAGUAGGAGAGGCGCGCUAAGUCAAUAUUUUAAUAGCAAUGACGAUACGGCUUUUACACCGACAAGAAAAAGGAAAACUAUUUGUAUUGUCGUGCUUUCUUAUUACCUGUGACAAGAAAAAUUAUUAUUAAGUUCCGACAGAUGCUUGUUUCCCCAGGAUGAGAGUAUUUGCUGUUCGGGUACCAGCUCCAGAAAAAAGGAUUUGGGAGUCUGAAACGUCCAAGUAAAUGAAAAACUCAGUAACAAUGACAUUUUCAAUAAAAGCUUUAUAAUUCGUGGAUAAAGAGAAAUUUUAAUAAUCUGAAUCUGCUCCUUCAAUUAACCGAGAAAAUUCGAUAACAACAAUAGGCUGUGCGAUGCCUAAAAACCAACUAUUCUCGUUUAGUGAAGGACUAAGGAUCUGAAAUAUUUUUUUACAGGGAUCCCAGAAGGCUGACCAACUUCCUACGCUGGAUCGAAUGGCGUUCUCGGAUUAUUAAAAUUUCGAUUUACUUAUGAGUUAAAAAACUUUUAUUGAAAAUGUCAUUAUUAUUGAGUUUUUCCGCUACUUGGAGGCUUUAGGCGCUGUUACACAAGGAUAAGUUCCGUACGUAAGACGAAAGAGGGUAUGGAGAGGCUGUGGCACGAUAGCUCAGGUGAUUAGAGCGUUGGCACGGAAUGUCAUGGUCCUGGGUUCGAGUCCCAACAAGUCAUAUUUUCUUUCGUUCAGUUAUUUAGCAUCAAUUCCGAAAUGACUAUACAUCUUCUUUAACAAUCCUCCUUCCUCUUAAAUCCUUUUCUCCGGGUUUCUAGCUGGUAUCCGACUUUGCAUGCUGAAUCCAAUGGUGUUCUCAGAUAGUUAACAUUCCCUUGUAGGCAUGACUUGUAUAGGUUCAUGUAGAAUAUGAAUAAAACUGUUUUCAUUAUUUCUAACUUUCAAAUAAUAGAGAAAAUUUUGCUAAUAAUGACAUUUCAAUAAAAUCCUCGUACCUGAUGCUAAAAAGGAAUUUUAAAAAUCUGAGAGCGCUAUUCGAUUCGACGUGCUAAGCUCGACUGUCUUCAUUGAUACCAUUAGUAAUAAGUUUUUAUGUCGACAUACAUUAUGCAGUCGUUCAGCGAUUCCUUCUUUUUUUUUUGUUAAAUGUGCACGACGUACGCCAGGUAGAAAACUUCUGAAAGCGGGAGGAUAGUCUCUGGAUACUGCAGGUUGAUACGUUCUUCAAGUAUAUGUGAUUGAUAUUAAACUUGAGGCAUUAUUAUUCCUAACUUCCACGUGCACUGACGUGGAAACUAGUAUGGAGUAAUAACUAGAAUGCAGUAUCUGUCGACAUCGCAACUUGUGCGUAGCGCAAUUGCAAUCUAGUUUUUUAUGUAGACAGACAUUAUGUGUUUUUGCUAGCAUUUUUCAUAUUUAUCAAGUGAAAACGUUAAUUUUGCUAGCGCGGGAUACACAUUAAUUACGCAUCUAAACUUGAUGAAACUCGAGAGUGGCCAGUAUCAAAUAGGUCUAACUGUUAGCGACGCUACGUUUUUAUGUCGACAGACAUUACGUAUUUUCGUUGGGAU